UUUAUAUAUUAAAUUGGUGGCCGUUUCGCAUACGUUUUAAGGUGGAAAAAGGAAGAAUUCGACCGUUGGAAUGGAAAGUAUCCGUUACCAAAAGUAUUCACCCGUUCAUGUUGAAACCAGAACCCCUCCCUGUUUCGACCGUAACACUUGACUUCCAAAACAAAGUGAGUGAGAGUGAUUUGAGUUUGAGUUCCCCACAACACAGAUAGGAGGAUCAAAUCAAUCCCAAACCCACUUUUUGUUUCCUUGUGUUUUUGUUUUUAAAAAACAAAAGAAAAAUGGUUGCAAGAACCCCACCAAAGCUGAGGAGAAUGGUGGCUCCUCUCAACCCCACCCUUCUCAGAGAAACAGUUAACAAGGUGGACAAGUGUAUGGCUAGAUUGCAAGAGCUUCAAUACACAGUUACAGGUGGGACGAAGACGAUCUCUGGUGUGAGUCUCAGUCCUCGCAGUACCAGAGGUUAUCUCAAGGCUAGUCUCAGGUGCAAACAAGAGUGCUUGAGGAUCAAGAAUGGCAAUCCUCGAAAAUCUCCAAAUGGAAAGUUGCCAACAAAUACAGGGGAAUGGCAGAGAAUGUCAUUGCCGGCAAUGCUCGUCGGAGAAACAGUCGGAGAAAUUCUUCAGGCAAGUCAAUUCGCAAGAGAAAUAGUAGCAACAGUCGCUUCCAAGACCAAGAAACCCCUCUCAAACGACCCGAAAACUCCGGUGACUCUGAGGCAAAAACAGAGGCCAAACCCUGAAAACUCAGAGCUCCGAGCUCGAAGAAACAGAGAGAAGCAAAACUCACUCCAAUCAAUUCGAUCAAAAUCAAACUCACCAACCCUCCGAAGGGCUCGAUCUCGUAUCAAUUUCAAGGCCUCAUCGCCUCAGAAAAAGAAGGAAUCUGAGAAGGAAAAUAGCUGGUACUGGGCGAACAGAGUAUCACCAAGAAAUAGGCCAUGGGCUAGAAAGACAGUACUUUUUCCAAACCCAUUGUUUCAUUCAUCAUCACCCACUUCAAAUCAUCACAAGUUUUGCAAGACAAAGUCUCCGAUGAUCGCUAGGAAUCGCCAAACUCCACAUAAAUUCUUGAUCAGGACGAAGUCUCCCCCGAUACUACCUCUUUCUCUGUCUCCCACCAGAGGUUUGAGCAAGAGAACUCCCAAGGAAUCGACUGCGGCGAAACUGAGGAGAUCGUUUUCGCCAUCAAGAUUGGCAAACAGGUUGGUUUCGCCAUUGAAAGCAAGAAAAUCUGUACAAAAAAGUGAUGGGUUUGCAAUGAGUGGACUGAAACAUCGUCCGAUUUCAACACCAAUCCGAUUCUCAGCUCCGAGAAUUUGAUUGAACUUUGAUGUAAUGCGAGCUAUACAUGGAAAAUAUAUCCACGUAUUUCAAAUUCUAAAUAACUUUGAAGUAUUUUUUUCUGCAUAUUGCUGCCAACAUCUACUUGAUUUUACCCAAUUCUGUUUGUUUGGAAUGCCUGUGUUCCUCUAUUGGUAUACAAUUUGUUUUAUUUGUUUUGUGUU